CUUGGCAUGGGUGUCACAGUCGACAAGUCUCGUGGGAACACCAUAGCUGAGGGCGUGUCAAUUAAAAGUGUAACUGAAGGAGGAUCUGCUGCUUUGGCAAGAGGCUCUAGGGGAGUGGGGCUAAAACUCGGAGAUCAAAUUAUCGCAGUCAAUGGCACCCACCUCAGAGGAAUGGACCAAGAAGAUGUGAUCAAGAUCUUCAGAGAUCUACCAAGUUCAACACAAAUGAAAAUUAGAAGGUCCAAGAUGACUCUCCAGGGAAUGGACUCUAAUCAAAGAGCAAACAAGAGUAAUGAGCCAUCAGACAAAACUGUCCCACAAGACCUUACGCCUCUUCCCAAACCUCCGGAUAGUAAGCGAAGGUCGAGCCGUAGGGGUAAAGUUAAACCUGGGACACAGGAAGAAAGGUCACCGUCAUCUGACAAAACUGAUAAAGUACCAUCCUCCGGGCGUGUUAAGGCGAAAAAGGAAAGCGAUACUCCACAUAAAGAAUAUAUUGCAGAGAAAAAAGACCAUAAUGGAAUUAAAGAUGUAAGAAGCUCUGACGAUCAGGAGAGAAGUAAGGAGAACGAAGAAGAAGAAGCACGAAGUACCAAAAAAUCACCGUUUAAAGAACAGAUUAAACCAGUCGCAGAUGUCAUCAGCACAAGCAAAUACUUAACAAAUAAGAAUUCAGAGAAAGUUAAAGACCAAUUGGGGGACAAUCUGAUAAUUCCGUCUGGCUACAGGAAAGUGGAAAUAAACAUAAAGAAGGAAGCUAACUCCACGCUUGGUCUUUCUUUGGUCCCAAGCUAUGGGAAUCUCAAGGGGUAUUUCCAGAUUCGUAGACUACAAUCUGGUAUGGUGUGUGCUCAAGAUAGACAGCUACAAACUGGCGAUAAACUUGUUUCAGUAAAUGGCGUGUCCUUGAAGGGUGUCACUCACUCGAUGGCAUUGCAGUUGCUCAAGAAGCCAACCGAACUUGUCACGUUUGUGAUAUUACGGGAAGGAGAAGAUCCUCAGGAGAGAGUUUCAAGUCCUGUUAGUGAAUGGAAGUCCGAUUUAUCAUCUGGUCAAAAUUAUACUUUGGCUCAAGACAGCGGAACACACGGUGAGCUAUCAUCGUCGUCGAGGAGAGAAGAGGCCAAAACGUUGCCCUGCGCGGAAAAAGCUGUAUCUCCUAGCAAGUCUCAGUGGAGCAGGGAAUUGAAAAAAUUAGAAAGUCGAGAUGAACCUCAUUCAAGAAGUAAUGAAGAUAGAAAUAUUGAAGAGGAUAUACCAGAACUGCCUUCUUCACCGCCACCCCCGCCAUUACUGGAUGCAGACGAUCUUUUAGAGAACGAUCUGUCUAUUGCUCUUCCAUCGUUUUCUCCCCCUCCUCCACCAGUUCCACCACCAAUUGACGAUGUCUUGCCUUUAUCACCAAUUCCCGUUGUUUCUCCACCGCCUAUUCUUAGUCCAAGAAUGAAGGAAUUCCUGGAGCAAGACCCCUUCAGGGCUGAUCGCCAUGAAAGCAACAACAUACAAGACGACGAGAUCUCACCAGAAUCCAGUAUUAGUCUUAACCAAGCUUGUUUCCGUGGUAAUAAAACGGGUACGGGUUGGGAUUUUCAGUCUUUGCUUGAUGCUUGCAACGAUUUGAAUACAAACGAAAACGAUGAUGAGUUUAUAUCUGGACAAACUACCAGCACAGAAGCUACGUCGUUGUCAGGAAAUUGCAAACCUAGUUUACCAUCAGAGACUAUGAAAACAAAGGACACUUUUUCAGAGAAAUUGUUGGAGACGAGUACAGGAUCUCCUGCAGAGGAAAGUGGCCACGAACAACAAAACCUGGAUUUGGAAAAACUUUCAGCUAAACCUAAAUUUGGAGUCGAUAAAGGUCUUCUUUCCCCAGUUAAAGGCCCCAAUACGAAGAAAAUGACAACACCAUCUAUCAUUAAACACAAAAUUGACGUUGAUGUGAAACCAGUUGCUGGUAGAAGAGAUGAGAAUGUUCCAUUUGCUAUUAUCUAUCAGAAGAAGUUUAGAAACCUUGGCUUUAAAGUGGACCUAACAGAGGAGGGGAAAGUCAUUGUGUCAGAUGUUUCAUCAUUUGGCCUAGUAGGAAAAGAUGGGAAUAUCAGGGUUGGAGAUUUUCUUUUGUCCAUUAACGAGACCCCCCUAGAAGGAAUGGCCUUUGAAGAUGUCCAUAAUAUGAUCAAGAACUGCCCAAGGGGAGAUGUGAGAAUUGUGGCCCAAGCCGGACCUAAACCACCGAAACCGACAGAAUUACUUGAGGAGAAAGUCUCAUCUCAGAAGGAAAAGGGUGAACUUGACGAGAUACCUGACAAAAUGAGCUCAGCAGACCGGGAAUCUGUACCAGAUGUUUUGUCAAGUGUGGCAGCCUACACACCUUGGGUGGACAUCUCUAGUGAGCUUAUCUCCCUGAAAACAUCAAAAACUUUUAGUGGACCAGUUUCAAACUUACCUACAACAAAUCAUAUACCAGAUCCUGAAGAAAGUGUUACUUCUAUAACUCUGUCCCAAGAGCUUACUGAUGAGUUAAUUGCAGCAGAAGGUUGCGAAGGCAGUGAACUGGAAGGAACUGAAUUUGAUGAUCUUCCUCCAUCUAGUCCUCCUCCACCAUUACCGACAGAUGACGCAGAAGAAGAAGAAGAUUAUUCAGGUGAAGUACCUGAACUGUUAACGGAAGACAUUGUAGAAAACUUAUCUUUGAACCCACCAGCCAAUUUUGAGGACUUUGUUGACGAAAAUCUUGAAUCUGCGUUAUCUUUCGAUUCUGAAGUGGAGGAAGCAAACACAGUAGCACCACAGCCUCCGCAGCUAUUCAGUCAAGAUGCACAAUCACCCCCCUCAUAUCCUGUUCAGAAGAAGGAGUAUUUUAAUGGCAAUUCCGAUAUACCAUCCGGUUCACAAGAAAAGCAGAAACAGCUUACUGAGAACUUAAAACAACAGGCACCCAUGAAACCUCCUAGAUUGUUUGGAGAUAAUAUAGGAAACGAAAGCAUUCAUAAAGAAGAACCCUUGGAGCUCAUGAACAAUUCUUUUGUGCAAGAUGCAGCUGCUUUGGAGUCCUUGUCGUGGAAUGGACAGGAUAAAAGUCCAAUCAAGCCACCAAGUUUGUUUGAUGACGAGCUUGAAAGUCUCCCAAGCUUACCUAGAGGUCCGCCACCUCCUAAACCAAGAAGACAAGUUAUUAGUCAGGACACAGUUUCCUCGACUUCUUCGUCGCCACUUCUUUCUUGUUGGUUUGAUCGGGAAUCAUCAAGUCAUUUACCAAAUCUUGAAAGCACGAAUCUUAUGGCAGAAUCUGGAUUAUCUUCCCCCUCUCAUGAACAUACUUCCAUAUUUGGUAUACCAGAUGCUUUUAGUGACGCGCCUAUUCAGCUACUGGAUGAUUUAGAUGAUGACAUGUCGAGUCUUCCUCCUGCACCUCCACCACCUCGCUCUCAAGUCAACAUGUCAUCUAGCUGGUCUGUUGAAUCUGAUAAAUCGGUCCCAUCGUCAGGUGGAGAGACACAACUUACACACAUCACCAGUCCUCUACCACACCCUGUCAAACCAGAACGAAAGAAUUCCAAGAAAAGGACAUUAUCCUUGCCAAUCAGAUCAAAAAGAGGAAGCAAAACAUCGGAGCAAUCUGGUUCCUCUGGUAAAGGCGAUGAACUCCACGAAUCGCCAGCUUACCCAAGUCAGGUGGAUUUUGUUGCUCCUAUAACUUCAAGCGAUGAUAAUCAAGCCCAUUCAUUGACGCAUGAUGAGCCACCCGAAGAUGACAUGGAAAGCUUACCCCCAGCCCCCCCUCCACCGAGGAUUUCACCUCUCACAAUGGAAAGUUUGGAAAGUUUUGGAGAUGGUUUACAAGCUGUGAAAGUUAAAACCAGUCCAGGGCUUUCAGCCUCUGAAGAAGAUAAAGCCAAAUCAUCAUCUGUGAAUGCAUCUCAAUCCUCUCCAAAGAAAAAGAAGAAGUCUUUUCGAAGAAAUGUGAUAGAGAUGGAGGCUGAAGGAUCCAUACCUGAAUUUAGAGGCGUGUCCGUUAAAUUCCCUGUUGUACACGAGACAGACCACGCAGCAGACGGUUCCUUGAAGCAAGAUGUUACUCCUCGUGAAGAUGAAGUUGCGGUCACAGAUUCGUCUGAUGCAAUGUCCCCACCCCCUUUGCCUCCAGAAAUGGAGCUUUGGUCAGAGGCGGGAGCAGCAGAAGCAGAGCUUGCUUUCUUGGAUCAGAUAUUGACUUUAGAAGAUUUGUCACACUCUGGCAGUGAGCAGGACAGUGAAGGAGGAAGCUCAUCAUCCUCCAAGCCACCAUCAUUGUCCACGGAAAUGUCAAAUCUGGACACAAAAUCCUCACAAAGUAAGGAAGGAUCAACAGUUAAUACGUCACAAGAGACACAUGGCCACACCUAUUCUAUGAUGUCAACAGAAGGCCUAGGCCAGACCAACAUCGCCUUUUCAUCACUAGAGGAAUCUUCAGACACGGGCUCUGGUGGAAUACCUGAUUUGGAACCCAUGAACUUAAGUUCGUCGAUCAAUUCGACAGAAGCAAAUCCAGAGUCAGAACUUCAUUAUCCUCCACUUGAUUUGAAAGGGCGAACAGAAAGCAACGCAACACAUUUCAAACCAAAAGAUAGGCUACUCAAGCAACCAACUAAAGGUGAAGAUUCGGCAGAGAAUUUCACUAAGCAAAGGAGGCCAGCUCCUCCUAUCCCUUCAAGACCUCCUGGUAAGACGAGUGGCGCCCCUCGAAAAUCACUUCCAGGGGGUAUACCUGUGCUUCCCUCUAAGCCUGAUGUUAAACUUAGAGCAACUUCUCCGCCACAAGAAUCAACGCAGAAACUCAAGAAAGAACAAGAAAGACUAUCGUCUCCAGUGAAGGAGAAAACAUCGAAGAAACUGUUCUCAAGAGGUCAUAAAGGUAAGGACAAAAAAGCUGAUCCCGACCAUCUGCAAUCACCGGACACCUCAUUUGACGCCAAUCCUGUCGGACGUGAAAGAUCGCGAUCCUGGACCAAGAAGCUGUUUGGCUUUCGCAGUAGAAGUAGAAGCAAGAACCGAGAUAAGCCAAAGGAUGGAGAGAACAGGAGUCGAUCUGUGUCACCUCCAAGAGGAUUAUUUUCCAGAUCAAGGAGGUCCAGUCCACCUCUCCCUCCACCGACGACAAAAAAGGAUCCUUUGGGUAAACAAAAGAAAGAUGCUGGGGUAAAAGACCCGGUUCAUGAAGACGUUGAAAAACCAAUAUUCAAUGAAACUAAAUUUCUCUCACAAACAUUGCCAUUUACUUUUAAAUCAAGUGAUCUAUCCACACAGAUGAAAAACUAUGUAGAAAGGAACAACAACAACAAAUUUGGUGUGUUGACAACAAAAGACGAAGACAUGAGGCCUGAAGUGGCGACAAAUGAAAUAAAUUUUCAACAAGCUGAAGAUGGCAGUUCAAUAGAACAAGAUGAAUCUUGUAGUGAGAAUGCUGAUUUGGAUCAUGAAGAGAAGGAAUAUGAAAUUGAUAUUGAAGGUGUAAGUUUGUUCACUGACGAUGAUGAUGUGACGGAAUCUCAUGUUUAUGCGGGUGUGGAUACAUCCCUUGCAAACAGGCCACCUUCCCCGAAACGUGAAAAACAACCGAACACUAGCGCCUUGAUAACAGCUGAAUAUGAGGAGCGUAAAGCCGUCAAAGAUAACUUGCCAACGAAAUCUCCUUAUAAACCUCCUGUUCCAAAAAAGCCCACUUUCCUGAAGUCUGUCGGUACCCACAGUAGACAACAACAAGAAACUAUGGACGAACUUAAACAGAAAAUUAGCAAAGAAAGAAUGAAAACGUCACCAUUAAUAACUGAGGAUCUUGACUCUGACACUGAAGGUAAAGCCAUUGAGGACAGUAAUGUUUUGCCAUCGCCUGGUCCACCAAAUUUUAAGGCUGUACCACCUCCGCUGGCAGUACAAGCCAGUUCAAGCCUUGCUGAGAAGGACGACUUUAGUACAGCACCACAUUGUCCCAAUUCACCGGGUCCUCCUAGAUUCAAACCUCCCCCACCGCCUUUAUCUUUGAAGCCAGCCACUGUACAGAAUGAUACCACAGGAGAUGAAACAUCAGAUUCUCCCGUAUCCCCGGGUCCUCCUAAUUUUAAGCCAGCACCUCCGCCCAUAGAUUUGCUUGUUCAAAACAAGAGCAUUGAUUGUGGAAACGAAGACCUGCCAAGAACAACUGGUGCACCUACUGCCAAACCUUUACCUCCAAUUCCUGUUCUCGGUAAAAGUAAAAAACGAGAGGACGUAUUUCCAGCGGAACAGGGUGCUGCAGAGGACACUUAUGAUGUAGUUGCGCCAGCACUGCACAAUGAAGAGCCUCGAAAAACCAAACCGUUACCUCCAGUCCCUACUGACCUGAACCUGAACACUACUGGUAACCCCUACAAGCUUACACUGUCAAGACAGAACGCUCAGGAAGUUGACAAAAAUGAAGAUUUGAAUAACCCUGAGAUAUGGGAACAAAACACUGAUCCAUCACCUUCACAAAUUCUCCUGAAUGAAUACAAUGAUUAUCCACAAUUGUCACAAGGAGCAGAACCAGUUGUUACACAGAAUGUCAGUCAUGAGGUGAAUGCACAUAGUACCGACGACUUCGAUAGUUCAGACGUUUCCUCUGAAUGGGAAGAUACUUGCAGUUCGACUCAAGAAUAUUCGGGCCAACCUUUGCAUGGUAAUAAAGUGGCUAGAAGUGCUAGUUUCUCCGCUGGAGACGUUCCUAUGCAGCGUCCCUCUAUUAUUGAUGAGGAGACGAAGCGAUCAACUCCUGUUACCAAGCGUCCCCCUCCUUUUUUCCGUAGAAGGUCGUCCUCUUUACCUCAGCUUCUUGCCGACUCACUCACAGGUCAAGCGUCUGAAGGAAAAGUUGGGCAGGCGGAUUACUGGCACACCGGAAACCUUCAGCAGCUUAUCGACAGCAGGAACCAGGAGGAGGAUGUUGAGGAAGGAAUACUAGAGGUGCAGCUUCUUAAAGAACAGAAAUCUAUUGGCUUAAUGGUCGUGGGAGGUCUGGACACCCAUCUAGGCAUGCUGUAUAUAAAAAAUAUUCAGCCCAACUCUCCAGCCGCCAACUGCAACCGACUCAGAGUUGGAGACCAACUGUUACAGGUCAACGAUAAUUGUCUUGUGGGAGUAACUCAUAGUGAGGCUUUGAACAUUCUUAAGAACACACCACCCCUGGUGAAACUCACUGUGGCAAGAAAGAAGGAUAAUGGAAGUGAUAAUAUUGAACUAGUGGCAGAGGGAAGGCGUGUACCAGAUGCUGAAGAACCUAUCGUAUCCUCCGCCCGUGAAUCGAGCACAAUUUCAAAGACUGCGUCAGAUCUGCCCCUAAGCCCACCUCUUGACAGGGGCCAACGCCCUAAGUCAUUGAUAAGCCUUUCGUCCUUUGGGGCGUCAUUUAAUAAUGAUUCCUCUCCAGCCUCUCCAUCUGGUUCGUUUGAUGAUUCUGAUGACUACAUCCCCGCCUACCUGGAGCCAGAGAGCCCGACACUGACCCUUCGUCAGGAUGACGUUCCUGUGACUAUUAUUGAUGGUAUUCCUGGUGAGUAUGACUCCACGACAACCGAGGAUGAAGAGGAAGUCAAACCUGUCACUAAGAGCGUCACUUGGGCGGUCAGCAGUGACGACGCUAAGGUGUUUACCGUAGAACUCUUGAAAAAUGGCCGUGCAGGCUUGGGACUGAGUGUCACUGGGGGAGUGGACACACCUCAUGAUGACAUCAUGGUGCGGCAAAUUCUCUCCAACAGUGUCACAGCUGACAAUGGACAUAUCAAGAAGGGAGAUAUCCUAUUGUCUGUCAACGGCAAGUCCUUCAAAGGAUUGACAAAUUUAGAAGCCUUAACUCUUCUCAAAAACACUCCUGAGCGGGUUACUCUUGUAGUAAGCCGGCCAUUAGGACACAGACAACAAUCUAAAACGAUGACUCUUCUUCGAAACAAAAGUCCUAACAAAGAAAUUACCUCUGAUUCGGAUGCUUGGCCUACGAAGGAAGAAUUGACUAAGAAGAAAAACAUGGCCAACUCAAACAAUACCACACCGCCAACCCUAGAGAAAAUUCCAUUAGAUGUGGUGAAACAUAAUGGAGAACACUCCACCUUCGAUCGUCUAAAGAAGAGAUUCUUCUCCAAUGGUGGACCGAUAAGACUGCAAAAAGUGCCUCAUGGGCCCUCUGUGACCGAAUUAACGCUCGAAAAGGGGGCCUCUGGAUUAGGGUUCUCUUUGGGUGGGGGUCAGGAUUCGCUCUAUGGUGAUGCUCCGAUUCAUGUGAGGUAUGUGUUCAAGGAAAGCGUGGCCGGGCGGAGUGGUGCUCUGAAGCCUGGGGACGAAAUCAUUGAAGUGAAUGGACAAAAGGUUGCAUACAUGGCGAAUGUGGAUGUACUUGAGCUGAUUAGAAAAUUGCCAUACGGACCCGUAGUUAUGAAGAUAAGACGGAAAUAACACAAGGCGUGGCUGUUAUUUAUUUACACAGCUGGCCAAUCGUAGCACGAAUGCGGGAAAGAAUCAAACAAACCGCACGGUCAGAAAUUACAAGACGCGCCUAGUGCGCGAAAAGAGAAGAAUCCUUGUUCACAAUUGAACUCAACAACAUUAUUUAAUUGAUUACCAAAAUUAAUCUGAAAUACCAUAAGUUAACCUCACCUCGCUUGCCUGUUUGGUCCAGAAAACUCCCGCCAACCUCUCAAACAAUCAGAUUCAAAACGAAAACCAACUUGUUUUGCUCGAGUUUUAUUCGUGCUUCAU